UGUUCUGCCCUUGGUCAGUAGAACACAGUCAGACCCCUAACCCUCCCGUGUGCACUGGCUCCGGAAUCUCCUAACAAGUGUGGCCCAAGAGCAAGAGCGGAUCUCCCAAGACGUCACCAUGCUGAGGGAAUUCCUUGCCUUCAGUCUUUUCACUCAAGUUUCAUCUGGCAGGUGGGGGCAAAUGUGUGCCGGGAACCCCAGGAACCAACUGAGAAGUCCCGAUAUCUAUGGGACAGGAGAUUAUGGCUCUCUCAGAGGGACCAGCAUACACAGAGGGGUCGACCUGGAUUGCAGGGCCGGAGUCGCGGUUUACGCCCCCUUCACCGGCCAACUGACGGGACGGGAGUAUCCCUUCAGAAGUGCCCGGAACGGGAUAAACCACGGAGUUGGGCUGGAAGGAUCAGGUUACUGCAUUAAGAUGUUCCUUGUCAAUCCAAGUCAUUACACUGGGAGGAUUCGGAAGGGUCAGAAGCUCGGGAAGAUGGUGAACGUUCAACAUGUUUACCCACUGAUGAAUUCCCACUUGCACAUUCAGAUGUGUAACAGUUCCAUUGACCCUACACCUUAUCUGUAGCCUGUUGAGCAGGACAUGCCUGUAACAGUACCAACCCAGGGAGGCCUCAGAAUUUCUCUGUGCAAAAGGCAGUACACAGAUAAAAAUUGUGUCGGUGUGGUGUAACACAA